UACAAUGGUUUUCUCUGUCUACAGGUUUUAUUUAUCAGUUGAACUGAACAGUUGAAUUUGGCGAAAGGCAAACGGUGGUCGUUUUACUGAAUUAUUUGCCAUUUAUCUUAUUUCAGUGUUGUUUACGUUGCUCUCGUAUUUUUGAGUGUGUCCAGUUAGAGUAUGUGGCCAGAUUCCGGCGGGCAUAUCAGCCCGCCACCAGUAUCGUCGACUAAUCAGAUAGAUCCUGAAGAAGUACUGACAACUUCGAGAUCGUUGCCGCGCCUGCUUCAAACAUUCCCCGCCGAGAGGGCAUCGGGUCCUACACCCCUUUUCGUGGAAACUAGAAAUCCAAGUAUACCUUCACAGAUUCGGACCGGUCGAUCAUCCACGCAACUAUUGGGACCACUCUGUAGUUCACAACCUAUAGAAUCUUUAAGUUCUACUGCUGCACGACAUCCGUUUCUGACUUCUCUCUUACAACAUCAGCCAUAUUCGUCAAUGCCGGAAAGACAAACCUGUCAGCCACCACGAACGUAUCAGAGGACAUAUAGAGCAAUUCCAAGACAACGCACGUGCACUCACUCUGCUUCACAAGCAUCGGAACGUUCAUUACAGCGGCGACGCAUUAUUAACAAUACUCCUUCACUCCUGUUCUUAUCUAAAAGACAGGGUCAUAUCACUUGUAUGUGUUCUAUAAACAAUGAGCCAUUUCACGCGAGCACAUAUGACGCCCAGUCAGAUACUGCGUUGGGAGACCGGCCUGAGGAAACGUAUAGAGGAUCAAUUGAGAAUACACAUGGGCACAGACGCAUGUGGCGACUUGAGACUAUGUCAGUGACACAUCUAGAGAAUGCAAACCGAGGUCGCAACAGAGAAGGGAGAGAUGAACCUCAAAAUAGGCUUUCACCUUCUACUUCUUCGAAUUCACUCAAUUUUACGCCUGCAAUCGCAACUACCUCUUUACUAUUUGGUAAUACAAGUCGCAUAUCAAAUUUAAGUCAUAUUAUAGAUUCCCCUUCUUCCCUUCCCAGUACUUCUGGUACGUCUCACUGGGAACCCGAUACCAAUAACUGCAACAAGUCAAUAUGUGAACUUACAAAUCACGAUCGGUCAACCGAUGAAGUUUCCUUUUCAUCUCCUCCCUCUGAGAACGAUUUAUUGUCGUCGACAGUAAUGUGUAAGUUGUACACGCUGUCAUUGCCGGUCAUGCCGCCGCCCUCGCCGAACGCUCGACAAGUGGCGGCCAGGGUUAUUAAACACGCUCGGAAUACAAAAAUACCAGAAGAAAAUUUGUUUCGCUGUCCGGACUGUAAACAAUUCCCUACUCUGCCAGUUACAGGCCAGUGCGGACAUACGCGAUGCACUAAAUGCAUUCAAGACAGAGGACCGUGCCCAUGUGGGGCCCAGGCUCCUAAUACUCUACUAGUGAACACCCUAAUCCAAGAUUUAAUUAGAAAGAUUUUACCAAAACAUUCCUACUCAAGUGUGGCAGCUGUCGAGAAAGGAAAUUCAAAAACUGAGCGGACAUCUCUUUCAGCUUCUAGGUAUGUGUUGAGAGCCGGCGGUGUUCGACAGAGGACCGCAAAGAUCUCCGGCUUUGCCUCAUUGGCCGCUAGAGCUCCUGGCCAACUACCUCCUCAUGUACCUAUGUCUCCACAGGUUCGAUUCCAACACGCUCGCCAGCUGCUGGCGGCGGGCCGGUUCCGAGAGGCCGCGCCCCAUCUCGCCCGUGUGGGUGCCGCUGUCGAACCAUUCUCGCGGUCCGCUCGCUCCUUACUCGCACAGACUAUCACAUUACUGAGCAAGGGUCGUGAUCCUCGACGGUUGACCCGCGAGCUGUACCGCGCUGUGCGCUUGCAGGGCGCAGCCUCUUGGCUCCAGCCUACCGAUCUGGAAUGCGUGCUGUGCUACCAUACCUACAUCAGUCCCGUGACGACGCCAUGCGGGCAUAACUACUGCCGCACCUGCAUCGAACGCUCCAUGGACUAUAAGAAAUCCUGUGCACUCUGUUUGAGGUCACUCGAGGAUUUCAAUCUCGCCAUUACUCGUGAAACAGUGUUUAUUUGCGCUGCUCUGGCGUCGAUUGACGCAUUGAAUUCGCCCUUGCCUCCUGAUCCGGAUGUGAUUCCUAUUUUUGUUUGCACAGUUGCCUAUCCAACGAUACCAUGCCCUCUGUUUAUAUUCGACCCGCGGUACUGGCUGAUGAUCCGGCGCGUCCUGGAAUCGGGGUCGAGGAAAUUCGGCAUGGUCACAUAUGAACGAGACCGAACCUAUUCCAACUAUGGAACGGUACUGGAAGUAUGUGACUGCGUGCACUUGGAAGAUGGUCGAUCGAUAUUGUCGACUGUAGGCGUCUCGCGUUUCAAAGUAAUCGAGCGUGACGUCCGAGACGGAUGUGACGUCGCCCGCAUUCAGCCCUUGACUGACAUUACGCCAACAGAAGAGCUAGUUAUUUGGGAGCUUCGGCUGAUGGCCACACAAAUUUCAUACAAAGCUUUGCUAUGGCUGAAUAGUAUGAACAGGACAGUCCGCUCUGAGAUCGAAGCCGCGUUUGGUCAUCUCCCGCACUUAGAUCCUAUCGAAGAGGACUGGUUCGAUAGCCCCGAUGGUCCCGCUUGGCUCUGGUGGCUCAUCGCUAUACUACCACUGCGUUCUGAAAUAAAGGUCCUUAUUCUUUCUACGAAGAGCCUGCUGAAGCGCAUGAUGGCUGUAUCUCGCACCUUAGAAGCUAUCGACCAUGUUGCCAUAUCCAGCACAGUCACCUCCGAAUGUGAGCUUACUAACGCUCUAACCAACGCCGAAGAGUGGCUGGAGAGAGGCCCUUGACUUCUCAGCCUAACACCCGAACAAGUCUAGUCAAAACAGAUAUUCCUAUAUUACAUUAUACAUCUUCUUCCCUUAUACAGCUAUUAUAGCGUACAAAAAUAACUAUUAUGUUGUAAAUUAUGGAUAAGGGGAUAGGGAUUCACCUUAAACAUUGACUGGACUAAGAAUACAAUAGAUCGUGUCCCUUUUAUACACAGGCAGAACCGUAUAACUCGGUAUUAGCAAUGAGUCACUAAAAAAAGACCAAUGCUAUUGCGUCUUGAUAUUAUUAGUAAUAAUACGAAAUGAUUACUAAUACCGUCAAGCACAGGCCAAAUUAUUGAGCACCAGGCUGCUAUUUGAAUGGCACUGUGGGCUGAUUCUAAAGUCAACAAAUUUGCUAAUUUAAGGACUACGCGCCCGUAAUUACGAUCUACAGUAACAAAUUCAUUCCACUUUCCACGCACACUUUUCCACUUUCCAAUGUAUGCCCCUAACUGAUUACUUUUUAAUUAGACAUCACGAUUGAGCGUAUUUGCGCUUGCGCGUCAUUUCAAUCGCGUUUUUUGUCUUUAUUUUCCCUUAGGUAUGUAGUUGUAAGUGUGCGUAAAGUGCACACUAUGGUCACCGCAAGUCGUAAAUGUAACAGUGAAAUGAUACAACGUAGCCCACAGUUGUACAUUAAUCUAUAAUAUUGAACUAAUAUACAGACUCGUAAAUUGACCCGAGUCGAUGCGACAUUCCUCGCGUAUUUAAUCAGAAGGGUUAGACACGUGCCUAGUUUUCUAUUCAUCGUCAAUGUCGAUAACGUCUAUUGUACACGUCUUUACAAAAUUUUCUACAUAUUUCCGAAGAUGACUGAAUAAUAGUCUUUGUUCAUGGCAGGGUCUCCAUUGUGAUUAAUUAUAUAAAGUUGUAUUCAGUUAUAGUAGGCAUAGCAUUGACAAAAGUUCUCUUUAGCAUUUAUACUACUAAAAUUAUGAGACCUACUUACUAUAAACAAAUUAUACAGAAUUUGUGUAAUUGGGUCCUACUUCUCAACAGACGGAAAACUCAACCUUUAGAACAUAAUACAAAUCUAUGCACCUGACAUACAAGUCCGAAAAUUUAUAAAAACUUGUAACACACAAACAUAAUAUAAUAAGUUCUUAGACCUUUUAAAGUAAACGGCAUAAAAGUAGGACCUUACCUUUUACACCUAUGUACAUAGCUAUUUGUAAUUCUUCCCCCUAAUGUGGGGCCAACCUUAUUAAUGUGUAAUUAUUCAUGAAUUCUUGUAAUAACUUGUAACUAUUAAAUCGGUGUCAAAAUUAGUAAUCGUGGAAUACGUUCAUGUGUCUUACAACUGCACCCGCGCAAAUUGCUCUAUGGGUCCGUUAACACGUCAUCAAAUAUUUACGUGAGCAUUAAAUAAAUACUAAAUUUUGUUACACUGCGUAAAUAUUAAAACUCGUGUACUUACGUUAUUUUAACGUUUUACUGUGUAUUCUAAUUAGAUAACUAUCGAUAAGGACGCUUACGUAAACCAUGUUGCUCCAAUUCGAUCUCUCACGACUCCCUAUAUUCCUUUACUUCAAUUGGGUGUCCCAAAACUGAACGUCAAGCCCACACCGGGCGCGAGGUCAAGUUAUAUCAGUUCUUGUCAACCUAAAAAAAAUCCUUGCCAUUUAAUUAAGUGAUAAAAGGCAUAUUUUCCAAAAAGGAUGAAUCACCCUAGACCACAUCUUUAGGUACUUUUCUAUUUUAUUGUUACCAGAACUGAUGUAACCUGGCAACGUUGAGUUUUGUGGCACCCAUACAGCGUGACUUUAUAGGGUCAUUCUUUAACUAUGGCAAAUAAAAUAAAAAUUCUACGUACGAGUAUUCGUCCGCUCACAAAGCACUGCAUUGCCCUUUUCACCUAUGAAGAAGCUACCUGGUUUACGGAAGCUUCCUGGGGUCUGAUUCUCAGAUUUUUAUUACAGACUUAUGUCUAUUUCGACUUGUUGAUUAACUCAUUGACUCCAAAAUUUCAAUUUUCACACACCUUAGACAGAAUGUCGAGCGUUCGGAAAUGUCUAGUUUUUUAGUGAAUCAUGUUGACAGCGUUGCAUUAUUGACAUAUUAAGUCUGAUUUCUGAACGUCUCACU